AUGUACAUCACCCUCUACUACCUAGUCACCCGACUCCCUGACUCCCUUCGCUCGGUCAGGGACCACUUCCUCUCUGUUUGCCCCACCACACUCACCGUUGACCUCCUCGAGGAGCGCCUCCUUGCAACUGAGAAGAGUAUAGUUGCUGUAGGAGCCUCUCGUGGUGACCCUCAUGCCCCUUUCUUUGAGGGGUGUUUCCACGUCCCCCUUUUGCCCUCUGUUGCCUCUGCUGCUGCUGUCGACCUCGUUGGCACCGAGUGGAUCGGCGCUGCGUGUGCCCCUAGCAGGAGGCGCCGCAACAGCAAGGGCAGGGGGGGCAAGGGUGCUGGGGGAGCGGGCGGGGGCGGUGGUGGUGGCGGUGGGGGCGGCGGAGGGGGUGGGGGUGGCGGUGGGAGUGGUGGCUGGGGUGGGGGCUCUCGUGGCGGCGGCGGAGGCGGCGGCGGCGGUGGCAGUGGGAGUGGAGGAGGCGGCGGUGGCGGUGGCGCUGGUGACCGCACUGGGGAGCCGUGCGGCGGGCCGCACACCACCCAGCGCUGCUUUGGCCGCCUGACUGACGCCUGGCGUCUCCAGUUCCCUGACGCCUCUGAGAUCCCUCGCUGGGGUGAUUUGCUCAAGUCGGGUGUAGCUAUCUUUCAUCUUGACUAUGAUGCUAUUCUUGCUGCCAUGUAUGUUGUGUCUAUUAGUGAUGAGGGUGACUAUUACCUGUGUGUUCCGCCUGACCCGGGCAUUGCAGCUGCUGCUCUAGGUGCUCGCCAGUCCGCUGCUCCAGGUACUAGUGAGUCUGCUGCUCCAGGUGCUGGUGAGUCUACUCUCUCAGCGGCCCCGUCUGGCUCCCUGUCAGGUCUUUACCUCCCCUCGUUCUCUACAAACUUGGUGAGUGGUGCUGACCUGCACGAUGGGGGAGUUGACCAGUUCAUCCCUGCGAGUCAGCGGGUGACCCACUGCACGUGUGCUCGGACAGGCCGACACUUGGCCACGUUUACCCAUCACCCGGGGUCGAGCCUGUAUACACGAACUACCAAGUCUCCUCCGGUUACUGCGUCUGGUCAGACCCUCCUCUGGCACCACCGCCUUGGUCACCCCUCCCUGCCUCGUCUCCAAGGCAUGGCUUCCCGUGUCCUUGUCUCUGGUCUCCUCCGGUCCCUCCCUCCCCUUCCUCCGGGGCCUGCCCCUACCUGCGUUCCCUGCGUCGAGGGGCGGCAGCGCGCCGCUCCUCACUCCUCCGAGUUUCCGCCGACGGAGGCUCCGCUGCAGACUCUUUACAUGGACGUGUGGGGCCCAGCCCGCGUCCGUGGACAGGGUCACGAGCGCUACUUCCUCUUGGUGGUUGACGACUACUCGCGUUACACCGUAGUCUUCCCCUUGCGCACCAAGGGUGGAGAGUUUACCUCCGACCUUCUGCGAGACUUCUGCUGUGCGAGGGGCAUCCGCCGGACAUUCACGCUUCCGGCCUCUCGACAGCAAAAUGGGAUUGCUGAGCGCCGCAUUGGCAUGGUCAUGGACGUCGCUCGUACGUCCAUGAUGCAUGCGGCUCUCCCCCAUUUUCUGUGGCUGUUCGCGGUUCAGUACGCGGCGCAGCUGAUCAACCUUCAGCCCCGUGUCUCCUUGCCGGAGACCUCCCCCACCCUGCGGUGGACAGGGAAGGUUGGCGAUGCGUCUGCGUUCCGUGUCUGGGGAUCUCGGGCUUUCGUCCGAGACUUGUCUGCAGAGAAGCUGCCCUCCCAUGCUGUUCCCUGCAUCUUCGUUGGCUUCCCCCCUGACGGGCCUCCUUGGCAGUUUUACCACCCCACCUCGCGCCGUGUUCUAUCCUCUCAGGACGUCACGUUUGAUGAGUCGGAUCCGUACUACCGUCUCUUCCCCUACCACACUGCCCCCCUCCCCCCCCCGCCGCUCUUCCUUGCGCCAGACGCAGUCGAGCUUGUCGAGGUAGCUGUUGACUCUGGUGCUGCUAGGGGUGCAGAGUCUGCGGGUGCUGGGUCUGGGGGUGCUGAGCCUGAGCGUGCAGAGCCUGGGGGUGCUGAGCCUGGGGGUGCAGAGCCUGGGGGUGCUGAGCCUGGGGGUGCAGAGUCGGGGGGUGUUGAGCCUGGGGUUGCUCAGUCUGGGGCUGGUGGUGCUACUUCUGCUGGUGGCUUUGGAGCCACGGGUCCCAGAGGUGCUCGUACCGGCGGUACUCGAGCUGCUGGGCCUGGUGGUGCUGCUGGUGCGGGAGCUGGAGGUGGUGCUGGCGUAGGCGCUGCUGCAGGUACUACUGGAGGUGGUGCUGCUGCGUCUUCCGGUGGUCCAGCUGGAGCUGGCGCUACUGGAGGUCUUGGCGCUGGAGGUGCUGCUGGAGCUGGUACUUCUGAGGGUGCUGGAGUUGGUGCUGCUGGAGCUACUGGGGGUGCUGCUGGAGCUGGUGGUGCUGCUGGCGUUGGUGCUGACGCUGGGGGUGCUGGUGCUGUCCCUGCUGGUUCUGGAGGUGCAGAAGAGACACACGUGCACAGACCUGGGUGA